GAAUUCCCCACAUCAGCUACCCCACUCCCCCACCUCUUCCCCGGCGCAGGACUUCUCUUGUGGUCGAGCAAGGGUCGAUACUUCACUGGUCUUCACUCGCUGGCUGGUCUUGGCUAGACGACCAUGUUCAGACGUACACGGUUUCUCUUCACUCCAAAAGCCUUCGCGUAUUAUACGGCAGGGACUGUGUCCGCUGCGGGAGGGGGUUACUGGUAUCUCAAUUCAGGACCUGCAUACCCGACAUCGACAAGGGAGUCGAGGAGGCCACCUCCACCUUGGUUGCCUCCGACAAGAGAGCAGAAUCUCAAUGCCUUGAAGAACAGUGGCCGAGGGCUCGCAGAGGAUGACCAAAUAUUCGAUUUAUUAAUCGUUGGUGGAGGUGCGACGGGAGCUGGUGUCGCUGUUGAUGCGGCCACGAGGGGUUUGAAGGUCGCUAUGGUCGAACGUGAUGACUUUUCUGCAGGAACGUCGUCGAAGUCAACAAAACUUGUCCACGGAGGUGUCCGUUACCUCCAGAAAGCCAUCCUCGAGCUCGAUUAUGAACAAUACAAGCUCGUCAAGGAGGCCCUCCAUGAACGCAAGAUCUUUCUAGAAACGGCUCCUUACCUCUCGCACAUGUUGCCCAUCAUGCUGCCUAUAUACAAGUAUUGGCAAAUCCCAUAUUACUGGGUAGGCUGUAAGAUGUACGAUGUCCUCGCGGGCAAAGAAAACAUGGAAUCCUCCUACCUUAUGUCGAAGGGCAAAGCUCUCGAGACGUUCCCUAUGCUCAAAUCGGACGGUCUUGUUGGUGCACUGGUAUAUUACGACGGUCAACAUAACGACUCGCGGAUGAAUAUGGCGUUGGUCAUGACUGCGGUGAGAUACGGAGCGACGGUGGCAAAUAAAGUUGAAGUAGUAAAGUUGCAUAAGGACGCGGAGGGCAAACUUCACGGAGCAAGGUUAAAGGACAAGCUUACUGGUGACGAAUGGGACGUGCAAGCCAAGGGAAUAAUCAACGCCACUGGUCCCUUCUCCGACACGCUCCUCACGCUUGACAAUCCCGCGCACAAACCAAUAGUCCAACCAUCCUCCGGCAUUCACAUUACCUUGCCUAACUACUACUCACCAAGAACGAUGGGACUGUUGGAUCCAGCAACGAGCGACGGGAGGGUGAUUUUCUUCUUGCCGUGGCAGGGAAAUACGAUUGCGGGGACUACGGAUGCUCCAGCGAGCGUAGAUAUGGACAAAGAACCGAAAGCCAAGGAGGAGGAAAUUCGAUGGGUCCUCGAAGAAGUCCGUCGCUACCUCUCCCCAGACAUCAAAGUCCGUCGCGGCGACGUUCUCUCCGCCUGGUCCGGUCUCCGACCUCUUGUCCGUAACCCCUCUGCCUCCUCCACACAAGGUCUUGUACGGAACCAUAUGAUUCACGUUUCGGAUUCUGGACUUCUCACGAUUGCGGGUGGUAAAUGGACAACAUACAGAGCGAUGGCGGAGGAGACGGUGGAUGAGGCAGUGAAAGUGUUUGGGUUGGAGGGAAAGGUGAUGAGUGGAUGCGUGACGGAUAAGGUGAGGUUGGUGGGGAGCGAUGGGUGGAGUAGGAAUAUGUUCCUUGGGUUGACGCAGAGGUAUGGCUUAGCAUCGGAGGUGGCGCAGCACCUGGCAGAGAACUAUGGUGAUAGGGCGUGGACGGUUCUUGCUCUCGCCAAGCCGACUAGAGAGUCAUGGCCUAAACACGGCAUCAAGCUUGCCCCUCAAUAUCCCUUCAUCGAAGCCGAAGUCCGCUACGCCAUCCGCCACGAAUACGCUCUCACCGCCAUCGACGUCCUAGCCCGCCGCACCCGUCUUUCUUUCCUUAACUCCCAAGCAGCCCUAGAAGCCCUCCCACGCGUCGUCGAACUCAUGGCCGAAGAGCUCAAUUGGUCCCGUAAACGUCAACUCGAAGAGAUUACAAAAUGUACAUUGUUCUUGGAGUCCAUGGGUUUGCCAGAAGGAACCACGCCACCAAAACUAAGGGAGCCUACGACCUUGAUCGGCUCGGUGAAGGGCUCGGUGUGGAGCAGGGUGCCGACCGUGCCGUUUGUUGGCGGGAAGAGCUUGAAGGAGGUAGAGGACGAGAAGGAGAGGAGGGACGCUUCUCGCUUCGCAUAUUCGAGGACUCAGUUUGAGCCGGGAGAGGUGGACGAGCUGAAGGUUGUGUUUGAGGAUGUAGCGAAGGCAGCGGAGGGAACCACGAUUGGGACAGGGCAGAUGAGGGAACUGGUGACGAGUGGAGGCUUGAGGGGUUAUGAGGGCGUCGGUGAAAAAGAUUUCGAUUAUGUCAUGGAGGAGGCGGGGUACGCGAAGAGGGUUAAUGUUGAUUUUGAGGAGUUUGUGGAGAUUUGCGCGGAGCUGAAGGAUGUAGUUCUUGUCCCGAAGGUGACGAAGAGCGUACAUAAGGCUACCGAAACGGUCAUCCCUGUCGAGAAGAGUGGUGGCGGCGUUUAGGUCGUUGUGUGUCUGGGCGACCUUUUUGCGUUUUUCUAGUCUUAUUUGGUUUCUUGGGUUCCUUUUUUCACUGGUCUUAAUCUGCUGCUAUCCUGAGAUAACCCUUAAUGUCUUACUUCUUGGAUUUGGUUUUCUUCGCGGUUUGUGCAUAAAUGCGUCUUUUGUGUCUAAUUGCUGUUGUUGUUGCUGUGACUCGGGUUGCUCGUAUGGUUUUACUACUAUACCAUUGUUGUAUUCUUGGUUC